GCCGGCGAGGCAUGAACACGAUAAGCGUGAUACAUCGCUGGUGGAUAUACGGAAGAGGACAGAGGACGCAGUCUGCUAUGCUGGACUCUCGUCAGAAUGGGUGAGCAUCAAAUCUACGUGAAGCUCAGUGAAGAGAAACUUAUACCAAAGUCUGACAUCUUGUCACUGCUUAGGACCUACAACUGUUACCAUGAAGGGAAAAACUUCCAGCUGAGGACUCGUGAGGAGGAUGGAGAGCUCAUCCUUGAGGGGCUGCUGAAUAUCUACUGGGGUCUGCGCCGACCAAUCAGACUUCAGAUGUACGACGAUAACGAAAGAUUCCGCCUGAACCGAAACGAUGCUGUGGCAAAGCAGCUCUCAGCGGAGUCUAACAAUAACUCACUGGGCAGAAACACCACACCUGCUUGUGAUGACACGGCGGGUCAGGAGGAGGAGGAUUCUCCUCAGCUGCUGAGAACCAGGAGUGAUGCUUCCUUCAUGCAGGUCCAGAGGAGGUCAAAGACACACACUGCCAGAGAUCUGCAACGUUUGCGCACACACAGGUUCUCAAUCAAUGGACACUUCUACAACCACAAGACAUCUGUAUUUACUCCAGCCUACGGCUCAGUCACUAACGUACGAGUGAACAGCUCAAUGACGACCGGACAAGUCCUCAACCUGCUACUACACAAGUUUAGGGUGGAGAAUAAACCUGAAGAGUUUGUCCUGUAUAUGGUGCAUGAGUCUGGUGAAAGGACCCGCCUGAGGGAUGGUGAAUACCCGCUGGUGGCUCGUGUGCUUUAUGGACCCUGUGAGAAAAUCUCUAAGAUCUUGAUCACGGAGGCCGACCUGGGAGAGGAAGUCACAUACGAUGUUGCCCAAUACAUAAAGUUUGAGAUUCCUGUUUUAGACAGCUUUGUAGAGAAACUUAAAGAGGAAGAGGAACGUGAAAUAAACAAGCUGACCAAAAAGUACAGUGCUCUGAAGUCUAUGAUUCAACAUCAGCUCGAAGGCCGAGCUCAUGCCAGUGACAGAGUAUGAGUGUUUCUGUAUGCACAGAUGUAACCUGUGUUAGUGUGUGAGAGUGUGUGAGAGGGGAAGGGGUGGGUUCAACACUAAUGAUUGUUGAUUUAUUAUGGAAACGUUUGCCAGUAUUGUAGUGAAUGUAGAGGUAAAGGUAAAAGGGUCAAAGUAAAAGCUGCAACAGAAUCAUAUCAUACACCAACGUGCUUCUACUUUUACAAUUACAUAUCCGGACAGUUUGUAUAAGCCGUUUGUUAUUAAUAUGAAGUGUAUCACUGCUUUGAUAUCUCUGCUGUUAAGAUAUUUGCAUUUUGUAUGAUAACUAUCACUGAAAAUUUGAACAUUUAUACAAGCUGUUUUUGGUCAUGUUUUCUCUGACUUGGACCUUUUUUAUGUAAUAAAUCUCUUUUAGUGUGGCCUUUAUAACUGUUGUUGGAUCUCUGCUGACACCAAACAUAAUACCCAGCUCCGACUUCCCACAAAGAACACAGCUAUCUUUAUUAUUUCCUGUACUUCCACAGUGACUGGAGCACAGAUUAGCAUUGUUCUUCUGAGUGACCCAC